UCCGAGGACCCCGGCGCGACCCCGGAAGCGCCUCGUUCCGGGCGGCGGAGGCGCGGAGGUGUCCGUGAUGGCUUCGGGGUUGGGCAGCUGACCGCUGGGCGAGGAAGGGGCCCAGCGUCCAGGGUCUGGCGGCUGCGCCAUGGCCACCUCCUCCGCCUCCUCCGAACAUUUCGAGAAGCUGCACGAGAUCUUCCGCGGCCUGCAUGAAGACCUACGAGGAGUGCCCGAGCGGCUGCUGGGCACCGCCGGGGCUGAGGAGAAGAAGAAGUUGGUCCGAGAUUUUGAUGAAAAGCAACAGGAAGCAAAUGAAACGCUGGCGGAGAUGGAAGAGGAGCUACGGUAUGCACCCCUGUCUUUUCGUAACCCCAUGAUGUCUAAGCUGCGAAACUACCGGAAAGACCUUGCCAAACUACACCGGGAAGUGAGAAGCUUGCCUUUGACAGCUGCACCUGGGAGCCGAGGAGAAAUGAAGUAUGGCACCUACACUGUGGAGAACGAGCAGAUGAAUCGGCUACAGUCUCAGAGGGCACUGCUUCUACAAGGCACUGAAAGCCUCAACCGCGCCACCCAGAGCAUUGAACGGUCACAUCGGAUUGCCACAGAGACUGACCAGAUUGGCUCGGAAAUCAUAGAAGAGCUGGGGGAGCAGCGCGACCAGCUGGAGCGCACCAAGAGCAGGCUGGUAAACACAAGUGAAAACUUGAGCAAAAGUCGAAAGAUUCUCCGUUCAAUGUCUAGAAAAGUGACAACCAACAAGUUGCUGCUUUCCAUCAUCAUCUUACUGGAGCUCGUCAUCCUGGGCGGCCUGGUGUAUUACAAAUUCUUUCGCAGGCACUGAACUUCCUGUAGGAAGAGGGGCUCUGUGGGCCAGAACCGUGACCCUGUGGAUACUGUGUUAGGCAGGAUGUGUACUAAGCAUGUUGCUGCUGUGGGCUGACAGCCCAAGGAUGCACUGUGCAGCCAGACUGUGGGAAGAGGGGGUCCAACAGAAAGCCACGUAAGUGUGAAGGAAGAGGGACAAGACCAGUGUGAUAUACCAAGGUAAUAAACGUUUAUGAUCUCUUCAAAUUUACAUAAUACUACAUUAAUACCUUGUGAACUGCAAAAAAAA